GUUUUUCGAAUAACAGGUUUGAAGAAGGUGAUAGCUCUGCUUUCUGGAGAGACUCUAACAAUGACUGUGAAGAUAAUCAAUCACGGAACAGAGGAUUUUCCAAGAGUGGUGGGUAUCAAGACGGAAAUGAUUCAGAAGCUUCAAGGCCAUCCAGAAGAGGAGGAAGAGGAAGUUUCCGAGGUUGCCGUGGAGGAUAUGCUCUAGGAAGUACAAAAAAUGAAUACGACCAAGAUGAAGGAAUGCAGAGCAUUGGUGGUCUUUUUGGUUCUAGAAGACCAGCAGUAAGUAGCACAGGUAGUGGUGACAUAUAUCAAAGAAGAAGUAGCAACGGAAGUGGUAGACGAGGUGGUUACAAAGGUUUAAAUGAAGAGGUAAUAACAGGCUCUGGAAAGAAUUCUUCGAAGUCAGAAGCUGAAGGAAGAGAAAGUGGUGACACUCAAGGACCAAAAGUAACCUACAUACCCCCUCCUCCACCUGAGGAUGAGGACUCCAUCUUUGCACAUUAUCAGACUGGCAUAAACUUUGACAAAUAUGAUACUAUUCUUGUAGAAGUGUCUGGACAUGAUGUACCACCAGCAAUUCUGACUUUUGAAGAAGCUAAUCUCUGUCAGACACUGAAUAACAACAUUGCCAAAGCUGGUUAUACUAAGCUUACUCCUGUACAAAAAUACAGUAUUCCCAUUAUACUAGCAGGACGAGAUUUGAUGGCUUGUGCUCAAACAGGGUCUGGGAAGACUGCAGCUUUUCUCCUGCCAGUUUUGGCUCAUAUGAUACGUGAUGGAAUAACUGCCACUCGUUUUAGAGAGGUGCAGGAACCAGAGUGUAUUAUUGUGGCACCAACUCGAGAAUUGAUCAACCAGAUUUAUUUGGAAGCCAGAAAAUUUUCUUUUGGGAACAUAUUUGGUAACUUUCUAGAUGUGAAUUUAGUGGGACAAAGGAUUGGUCUCAAACAAGUCAAAUAUUUAGUUUUGGAUGAAGCUGAUCGCAUGUUGGAUAUGGGUUUUGGACCAGAAAUGAAGAAGCUAAUUUCUUGCCCAGAAAUGCCAUCAAAGGAACAUCGCCAAACCCUUAUGUUCAGUGCAACUUUUCCAGAAGAGAUUCAGAGGUUGGCUGGGGAGUUUUUAAAGUCGAAUUAUUUGUUUCUUGCUGUUGGAGAAGUGGGUGGAGCAUGUAGAGAUGUUCAGCAGACCAUUCUCCAAGUUGGCCAGUACUCAAAGAGAGAAAAACUUGUUGAAAUUCUACGAAACAUAGGUAAUGUAAUUACUUCAUCAUUAUUCUCAAAACAACCUUAUGAGUUGCUCAGGCACAAAAUCUUGGAGUCAGCCUUGAGGAAGUGCCCAGUUCUUGUGGCUACUUCAGUAGCUGCCAGAGGGCUGGAUAUUGAAAAUGUUCAACAUGUUAUCAAUUUUGAUCUUCCUUCUACCAUUGAUGAAUAUGUUCAUCGAAUUGGGCGUACUGGUCGUUGUGGGAAUACUGGCAGAGCGAUUUCUUUUUUUGAUCCUGAAUCAGAUAGCCAUGUAGCACAGCCUCUAGUGAAAGUAUUGUCAGAUGCUCAACAGGAUGUUCCUGCAUGGUUGGAAGAAAUUGCCUUUAGUGCAUAUGUUCCUGGCAUUGGUGGUAGUAGAAGAGGAAAUGUGUUUGCAUCAGUUGAUACUAGAAAGAAUCACCAGGGCAAGAACACUUUGAACACAGGAGGGUUUUCUUCUUCACAGGCUCCCAAUCCAGUAGAUGAUGAGUCGUGGGAUUAAAACUAAAACAUCCUUCCAGUCUGUGGCACAGUUUUGAUGUGAAGAAAAGAGUUUUAAUUUUUUUAGUUUUUAACAGAAGUGUGAAACCUGACAUUUUUGUAUCUCCUGUUCUUCUGUUCUCACUCCUACCCUUUAAAAAAAUCCUUUACUAUGUAGUUAUGUGAAAUGCUUAAAGUUACUAUGUUGCAGUUACUGAUGCAAAUGGUGUUAACUGAAAAUAUUAAAGCAUUCUAAAUGUCUUGCGUA